GUCCCCUAGUAUUAAUCGAUUGUAGCUGUUGAAAAAUUAUAACCACAAUGUGUUUGCGGCAAUGCUUACAUAUGACGCUGUGGUCUGGAAAUUUUAACGUUUUUCAAAUGUAAAAACAUACACAUCGGAUAAAUGUAUUCGUGGUCCAUAUUACAAACAGUUUUACAAAAUAUUUAAAUAGUGUCCACACUAAUAGUUCUGUGUAGCCCAUGUGUCCUAUAAAAUAGAAACGUUUUCUAAAUGUAUACACAUAUCCAUUUAACAAAUGUAGACGUGGUCCUUUAUAUAUACGGAUUUCCAACGUAUGUAAAAACCCAAUAGAUAAAUGUAAAUCUGGCCCGUUAUGUAAACUAUUAAUAUUACGUAGGUACAUCGUAAUCAGAUAAAUGUAAAUAUGGACCAUUGGUUUAAACUAUUGGAAACAUUAGAACAGUGGCAGUAUUUUAACUUAUUUUUAAUGUAAAUUUAUCAUACAUGACGGAUCAUUUUAUCUUUACGUUUUCACAAGGUGGGUAUAAAUUAUGUAGGUAUGAUAAUUAAAACGCAUUACAUAGAUAUACUUACUUUAGUUUUUAGUUUACCAUCGGCGCCAAUAAAUUAUAGACUGUGUACGAGUAAGUAUACCUAUGGUGCAAUGUAAAAGAUGCUUUUCCCUCUUGAAAAAAUCGCGUUUUAACAGUGUACAUAACUAUUUAUUUGUAUCUGUUGAAAUAUCAUAAUCACAAUGUGUUUACAAAAAAUGCUUGCCUGUGCCACUUUGGCAUGGGAGUAGAAACGUUUUUUCAAAGGGUCUACAUUAUAUGCCUAUUAUUAGAUUAAUGUAAACGUGGUCCCUUAUACAAACGGUUCUACGAAGUAUAUGCAUUGUGUUUACAUUAAUGCUUAUAUUUGACAUUGUAGCAUGGAAGUAGAAAGGUUUUUCCGAAGUGCGUACACAAACAUCAGUUAAAUAUAAAAAUGAUCCGUUAUGUAUAUAUUCCUAAAAAGUAUCUGUAAAGCCAUUGGAUAGAUAUAACCGGACUUUCUAACAUAUGGAAAUAAGUUUUGUGCCACCAUGUAUAUACUUUACAAUGCGCAUGCUGCGUGGCGCGUGCAUUUGGUAAAUUUACGGCGUUCCCGCUAAUUCAUGUACAUAACCUUAAUAAAACUUCUUGUGUACGUAAAGUUUAUCGCUAAACACGUUUGUUUUACAGAUUAAUAGUUUUCAAUUGUGCAUUUUGUUGUUACCGCCAGGUUUAUCACAUAAUACCUAUAUACAGGGGGUUUGUAUAGGUAAUCUAAGGCGCCUAAUUAAAGAAUUGGUAGAUAUUUCGUUUAAUCGUAACAACUUAGUAUAGAAUAGGAUGGGUAGUGUAUCAGAUGUACCUGUGACUACUAGAAAACUAAAACCAGACCUAUUACAACAUGCCAAGGGCAAGUUUGUUGUGGCUGAAUUUCUUCCAUUUAAAGAAAUAGAAAGUAUGACCAUAGAAGCCAUACCGGGGUAUUGGUUGCAGGAAUCAACGACAUGUUUUAUUUGUCCUGCAACUGAAAAAAAUGGUGAUGUAAAAAAAAUAGUGCAAAGUUACAUAUUUGCAUAUAUACCACCAACUUCUACUCAUCAUAUCCGGAAAGCUAAAAUGGAAAAUUCUUUACCGGAUCCAGAAACGUGGGUUAAAUGGCCCAUUAAUUUUGUGUUGGAUACAAUAUUUGAGACUUAUUUGGAGGCUAGACAAGAAGAGGUAAAAGCGGAAGCAUAUCCUUUCAGUGAUCUUGACAAUUACAUUGUACAAGGUAAAUAUAAAGAAAGGCGUACUAAGAUUCACAAGAAAAAAUGGCCUAGUGACUCAACAACCGCUUAUGAAACGGACAGUGAUCUUGAAGAAGGGCUCGGUACAACAAAUACAUCGGUAGUACUUAAUAAACGUGGUACUAUGAACAGUCAAAAACAAAAGGUUUUCAAAAAGAAACCUUUAGAAACACACAAUAUUCCUUCACCUCCCGCAUAUGUUCAAGAAGAAUACCGUAAUGUUGUUCAGCCAACUAUAUCUACUGCGAAUGAAAACGACGUUCCCACUGCAAAUCUUGAAGAGACAUUAUGGAGCGAGAGUGUCUCAGAUCAAGCACACAAUCAUGAACACAUCAGAAAUGUAAGAAUUCCACUUUGCAAUCCUACUGUCCCACAAUCAGGUAAUCAAUGUAAAACUAUAGUGAUAGAUAGUCAUCGAGAUAGUCAUGAUGGUGGGACCAUGACAAAUGGAAAACAUGAUGCUUUGUCCGAAAAUUCUGGAAGUAUCGAGUUCAGUUCUCCCUGUAUCCUGGUAGAGACUGAUGUUAAUCAAGAUCAGUUGACUGAGAUUACUUUGAAUGAAAUAGAAGAUGCUGCUGUCACUGCAACCCCACACCAAAAUACUCCAUUGAUCCCGCCAGGAGUUCCUGUUGGGGUUGAAAUUGAUUUAGAAAACAUGGACUUGUUCCAUAAUGCCACUGGAGACAACAAAGACGAAUUUAAUAAAGCUUGUUUCCUCCGAUUGUUAGACCUGACUGUUGAAAAUAGAAAUAGACUUAUAAAAUUAGAGAAUUUAUUGGAAUCAAUAAAUGCGAAACUAGAUGUUAAAUGUACAAUUGAGGGUAACCAUCAGGAUUGGGCUAAAAUGAAAGAUCUAGUACCCCUUCCCAUUAACACAAUGGAAGAAUUGGAACACCUGAAUAACACCUUGAAGAAGAAUAGUACUUAUUUCAAGUAUCUGCAAAGUUACAUGAUGGACUCAUGUCCCAUACCAAAUAUACAAAACCUAGAUUCAAAAACAGUAAAACAAGAAUUGCAUAAAGUUGUUGGACAUAUUUUGUGCAGAAUUAUGACAAACGAAUUAGCAGUGGGUUUAAAUAUGUGUGGGCGGCAUCUAAAUGCAAACACCCCUAAAAAGGAAGGGUUAAAAAAAUAUCCAGAACUCCUAAUGGUAACAUUUGCCAUGAAGCCUAAGGCAAAACUAUCAAACUUGGAACUAGAUAGGGCCCAGUCGGAAGCUGCCAUUGGAGAGUGGCUACGGCAGGCUAAGACCCGCAUGGGUGAAAGUAAAGAGCUUAAACGAAAAAAAAUGGCAGAAAAGAGGGCGGCGGAAAACAAUAAAUGACAUGUAGUAUAAUGUAUUGUACCUGUAAUUAAAGUAGGUAAAUAAAAAUACAUUGUUUAGGCGUAUAUACCA